CGGCCAAUCACCAUCGAGGGUCCGGCUCAUCAUCUGGUCGGCGUUUGCACAGUGGAGUAGGUGAACUCACGUUGUCGAUAUUAGACCAAGACAGCUGCCUGUCUGUUUAGUUGCCAGGGAAAGACUCGACAGAGAGGACCAGGCUGCGGAAGCGAGAUGGAAACCGGAGGAGAAAGUUUGCUCAGGUCCCGCAGCCGAGCCCUCAACAAUCUGUCUACCUUCCCAGACCUGGAUGGAGGAUCUAGUCCUGGGAGACAUCCGCAUGGGAAUGACGAUAACCGUGUCACAAGCAAUGGGAAAAUUGAAGUGGAGCAUGUGAUUAGCAAAAAGCUGCAACUAAAAAGGAAAGCAGAGGGCCUGAAGAGCGACCUGAUGCGUCAGUUUGAAAGCCAAGUCCAUGAUUUCAUGGACAGUCUUAUUGAAGAAUCAGCCAGCCUUGAGUCCACACCUCUACCUGCAGCCUUCUCACCACCACAGUCGGACAAGGAGAGGAGCAAACUUGGGCACGUUCAGCCUCCUCAAGGCCACGGGAAGCACUUUGUUACUCAGAGAUCCCUUCUAGAUGAGUUGUUUGAGGUGAACCACAUCAGGACCAUCUACCACAUGUUUAUUGCCCUGCUCAUUCUCUUUAUUCUCAGCACAUUCGUGGUCGAUUUCCUUGAUGAAGGCAGACUGGUCUUGGACUUUGACCUGCUGGUCUAUGCAUUUGGACAGUUCCCUCUAGUGGUGUGCACAUGGCUUUGCAUGUUCCUGUCCGUACUGCUGGUUCCCUACACCUUAUUCCAUCUGUGGUCACAAAGCCAGUCGGGCUCCCAUGGCCAGCAGAGGCUGUACACUUGGCUGUUUGGCUCUGCGUUCCUGCUGUACCAAGGCCUGUGUUUGGGGUUCCUACCAACAUAUGUGGUAGUGACCAACAGUUUGCCGCCUGCUUCUUGCUUUAUCGUCAUCAUUGAACAGGUUCGCCUGAUGAUGAAAGCCCACUCCUUUGUCAGAGAGAAUGUGCCAAGAGUCCUAGCUUGGCAAAAAGACAAGACAAGCAAUGGACCUGUGGUUCCUCAAGUUUCCCAGUAUCUCUACUUCUUGUUUGCACCAACUCUUAUUUAUAGAGACAAAUACCCUAGAAACCCGGUGACCAGAUGGGGCUAUGUGGCCGCAAAGUUACUUCAGGUACUUGGCUGUCUCUUUUAUACCUACUACAUAUUUGUGCGGUUGUGCAUCCCACAGUUUCGCAGCAUCAGUCUGCAGCUGUUCAAUCUGCGCGCCAUGGUACUUUGUGUCUUUAACUCUAUACUGCCAGGUGUUUUGGUUCUCCUGCUGGGUUUUUUUGCUUUUCUCCACUGCUGGCUCAAUGCUUUUGCUGAGAUGCUUCGCUUUGCAGACCGAAUGUUUUACAAGGACUGGUGGAACUCAACAUCUUAUGCCAAUUACUACCGUACUUGGAAUGUGGUGGUCCAUGACUGGCUGUAUUACUAUGUGUACAAGGACUUCCUUUUGAUAUCUCAGAAGCGUUUCCGACCAGCCGCCAUGUUUUUUGUGUUUACUGUGUCUGCAGUGGUGCAUGAGUACAUUCUUGCAGUUAGCUUCGGAUUCUUCUAUCCGGUGCUUUUCUGCCUCUUUAUGUGCUUUGGAAUGAUGUUCAACUUUAUUUUCCACGAUCGUAGAAAAGGCCCCAUUUGGAACAUAUUAAUGUGGACGUCCCUCUUUCUGGGUCAGGGGGUCAUAAUGUGUCUGUACUCUCAAGAGUGGUAUGCCAGACGGUACUGUCCACUCAAAGAGUCUUCAUUCCUGGACUUGCUGAAGCCUCGUUCAUGGAGCUGUCAGAGAGACCUAAUGGCUGGACCUGAUAAGAUAAAAUGGGACUAUUGAGAGGAACCCCAUCACCAAUCAAGAUGGACUCCACCAGCUCUCCUCUCUCUGUCAUUCAUAAUUUAUUGCAUUUAAAAAUUAUGAGUCCUACAGUGUGUGAAUGAAUGUAUUGGAGAGUAUCUGCUGAGAUGCCAAAAUCGCACCAACAGUGCCUUAUUUAUUGUGUUUUCAGCUGCCAUUUCUCAACAGAAGUUCACACACACAUAUACAUAUAUAUAUAUUAAAAAGAAUUUGAAGUGCCAACUUGAAUUUUCUUUUCUCAUGGGCCCAUAAUGCUUGGGGUCCACUGUGAAACCACUCUUUGUGCAAACAAUGACAUGGUAGCUUAAUACAAACAUUACACAAUGAACACAUUAUCUGCAUGUGAUGUAAUGGUUAAUAUUUACCAAGGUAGUAUGUUGUAACUGUGUUAAACUGUGAGUUAUACUACAAGAAAGUACCUUAUUUUUAUUGCCAGUUGGACUUUUGUUUUGUUAAAUGAUAUUUUGGAUAUCAAACAUUCUCACUGGAUAUCUCUUAGGGAUAUCUCACUGUAAAUGAGAUAUGGUGGUCUUUGUAUUAUUGGGUGACAGGAGUGUUGUAUUUAAUUAUUAACUUAUUAAGCAGAUUGAUUAAGCACAAAUGAACUCCUCUGUUCAUCUACAAUGUCACAACAAUAAGAUGUUUUGGUCACUUUAAUGAUAUUUUUGCAAAACUCAAAGUAAAUACUUGGUUUACAAAAUAUUUAAGACAUGAAGGUUGCUGUAACUACUGAUAUUUUGCUGAAUAAACCUCUAAAUUAUGUAAGCACUUCAAAGUAACAGACUAGAGAACAUGUUUAAUAUUUUUGAUAUGCCUUGGUUAUAAGUAUUUAAAUCUAUAUACAGUGGUUUAUGACUUCUUUGUGAAACAAUUGUCAGAAUUGCAGCUGGCUGUUUAACUGUCACAACAAUAUUGCAACUUGAAAACCUUGAACAGGCUUGCAUUUUCAGAUCUGUUUAUUUUUUUGUAAUGAAAAUUUUAGUUAUAAGAGAAAUGCCGUUUGCAUUUCUCUUACUAAAAUCAGAGAAAUGUUCCAGCAUCCAACAUGAUGCUGGCAUAUGUUUUUAGGGUCGUUGAUAAACUACUUUACUGCAGCGAUUGUGGGUUUGGAUGCUUGUGAAACGUGAGUUGCACAACUCAAAGUAGAAACCAGCAAUGCAGAACUUGAGACUUUCACAAAGAAAACUGGAUCACCACAAGGUGGCACUCUAGUAAAAGUCUUAAACUGCUCAUUUGAUCAAGAACAGAUUCCUAGGAUUAUUUGGAUUCCUUAAUGUGUAAUAAACAAGUACCAGAAAAAUAAUUUUAUACCAUGCAUGGAUUAAAAUAUUUAAAGUUUCUGUUCUAAUUUAAAUGUUUUUUUUUAUAAUGCCACUAUAGGCUGCUAAGCAGUAGAAUUAUUGUUUACAAUAUAAUUAUUUUUGAAAGCAGAUUUGGCUACAUGCCACUUUUAACUUUAAUUUGAUUACCAGUAGUUUUUGAUCUUAACAUUGUAGACAUGUCUGAAUUGUUCCCAACACAACAAAAUGUAAAAACUAAAGAAUUUUCAUACGUGCAUGUUCUUUAAAUGCCAUUUGCUGUGUAAAUUUAUAUAAAACAGUUUUGUGCAACA